UUUGAUUUCAGCGCGCGUAUUGGAAUAUGGCCACUACAACGUUCCAGAUCUGGUCCGAAGGCAGCUUGGCAGCCACCGUGGACGUUCAAGUCCUGGGAGUAUCGCGUCACCCAAAUACGCUCGCCGAAUCAGUCGAUUGCCUUUUUAGCAGUGUUGACCAAGGUCGGCACCUGGACAGAGCAGAUGAAUCGCUCCAAAUUUACUCUAUUAGCAAGCAAGAGCCUACGCAAUGGACACCCGCGUCUUGUGGAUCGGAUAGCCGGUCCGAUUUCUUUGUACAGGCUCUUUUGACCGCCUCAAAUCCAGGCGGCCAGAAAUUGAUCAGAUUCAUCAUACCGUUAACGGAGGGAUACAUUACACGCUCCGAUAUCGUUCCUCUCCGCUUUGUGGACUGUGCGCUCGUCGAUCGGGUAGUAUCUUUUGCAAAACCGUUGCAAUGUUUCGAGACGAAGACGGGCCAAUCCCUAUCCAUAUCGGAAAUCAUUAAAGUGGCCACGGCCGGAAUCUGUGCAAAAGGCGAGCCGUCCACCGACCUGGACGUACUUAUACCAGGCCUUGACCAGGAAAUUGACAACCGUCUCUCUUUUCCUUGGAUAGUCCCUGGAACGCCUGUGGAGAAGACACUUGCGCUUGUGACGGCAAACGGCGCAUUUCUAGAAAUCGACGACUUUGGUAUAAGAAGAGCUGUGGCCGCAAUGGGGAUCCGUUUGAUUCUCCUCGAGGUGCCCGGUCACUGGCUUGAAAACAACACUACCGUCAUCGAUACCUUCCUGCCCUUACACCUGACUGACCCCCAGUCGGACGAGAUCACGGAAGAAAUCGUUGCCAGUCUGAAGACCUACAACAAGCCCAUAGACGGUAUCAUAACUUUUGCGGAUACAUAUUGGCCAUCUGUCGCAGCCGCCGCUAGCCAACUCGGCCUGCCGGCCGCAACGCCAGAAGCCCUCAGGAUUGCCACCAACAAAUACGAAUCGAGCGUCUACGCUGGACAUGAAGCAUACCAUGCGUCUAGCCUCGAUGAGGCCUUGGCACUGCCUUCCAAACACCAUUUGCCUUACCCUGUAAUCGUCAAACCCUGUGGAGGCUGGAGUUCCGAAGGUGUAUCACUGGUGAAUACAUCUGACGAGUUUGAAAGGGCCGUGAGGGCAAUUAGCGCUUCUCGGCACGGACCUGAGAUGGUCAUCGAACCAUACUGCGACGGCCCCGAAUACGAUAUUAAUAUUGUGCUACAAGACGGAGAACUGCUUUUUGAAGAGGUCUGCGAUGACCUACCCAAGUCUGCCGACCCUAAUGGCCCAACUACGUGCUCCCUCGGCGGCUUCCACGAACUCUAUAGCAUCUAUCCAUCAGUUUUACCCGAAAAUGAGCUUCAGAUGGCACGCGAGUAUUUUGUGGAACUCUUGCUCUCGCUAGGCCUUCGAGAUGGUGUCUUCCACAUAGAAGGACGUAUCGAAAAUUCUAGCGUCGAGUACAUUCACAACGAUGGCAUCGCGGGGCUCGCACCCCGGACUAUGACCCAAUCCCAGGAUUCAAAACCCAAACCCUUCCUCAUUGAGAUCAAUGUGAGGCCUCCUGGCUCGGCCGCCUCUCGACUGCCGGAAUCUACGCACGGUGUCGAAUACUGGGGAGUGGCCGUAUUAUCUGCCAUCCGUGACAAUACACGUAUGAGAGCGCUUGCACAACCUUUCCGCACGGGACCGCAGUAUACCGGCAUCAUGGUCUUCAUUUCCGCCGACUUCCCCCUCACUUGUCAGGGCAUCUUCGAUUCGGACAAUGUCUGCGCAGACUUGAUGGAACGCAGACCAGACUUGCGCCCUCAUAUCAGCUCAUCGAAUUGCCUGGUCAAAAGAGGCGACAAGGUUCCACAUCCAAGCACUGGCCGAAACACUUUCGUUGCGCUUGUCAAUGUCUUCUCUCGCACUAGUCGAGCCGAAGCGCAGGCUAUCGCCCACGAGGUUCGCGCCGCCGUAAGGUACAGUUUUAUUUGAACUUGUCACUGCGGUUACCUGUCACCUGUGAGUAUUAGCCAGGAUCUCUGGUUCUCCGGUCAGGUAGAAAUGGAGCUCAAUGAAAGACCAGGGUGCUCAGGUUAUGGUGGACCAUACCUUUCAUAUAUGAACGAACAUUAUGCACCACUUCCGUAUGACCUUACUUCACAUAUGCAGCCGAUGUCCCACGCAGUAGAAUCUCG